GCCCAGCGAGCCCAACAUCAUGGCUAUCCCAACGAACCGCAGGGCCAUCCUGCUUGCCGCAUUCAUCGCUUUCGGUGGCUUCCUCUUCGGAUAUGACAUCGGUGUCAUCUCAGGAUGCCUGAUCAUGCCAGACUUCCAACGACGCUUCGGAACAGUCGCCGCGGAUGGAACACCUAGUCUGUCCGCUGCAAGACAGUCCAUCAUCACCUCUCUCCUCUCAGCCGGUACAUUCGUCGGCGCCCUUGCUCAGGCGUUCACCGCAGACCGCUUUGGUCGUCGCGCCUCCAUCCUCAUCUGGUCUGCCAUCUUCACCGUCGGAACUGCCAUUCAAACCGGCACUACGUUCUCCAUUGUCCAAAUUACAGUAGGGCGAUUCAUCGCUGGCCUAGGCGUCGGUGCUUUGUCUGCAAUCGUGCCUUUGUACACUGGAGAGACGGCGCCGAAGAAGCUGCGUGGAAUGCUGCUUGUCCUGUACCAGCUGCAAAUCAUCAUUGGCAUCUUCAUCAGCUACAUGAUUGAUCUCGGCACCCACCACAUCGACGGUUCUGCAUCAUGGCGCAUCCCCGUGGGCCUGCAAAUGCUCUGGGGCCUCUUCUUGUUGUCCGGCAUCUUCUUCUUGCCCGAGUCUCCACGUCAUCUGCUCGGUACAGGCAGGGAAGCAGAAGCGCGCAGGGUCGUGUCCCAGUUGAACAGCGUGCCGGAGGACGACCUGAUCGUUAUCGAGCUAAUCGAGGAACUCGAGUUCGCGAUCCGGGCGGAGAACGAGGGCGGCAAGGCGACGUGGCUCGAGUGCUUCUCGACGCGGAACAUGCUCUGGAAGCGCACGCUCAACGGCAUGAUGCUCCAGUUCAUCCAACAGUUGAACGGCCAGAACUUCUACUACUACUACGGCGACACGUUCUUCCAGAGCGCGGGCACGACACUCGACCCGUACGCGAUCCAGGCGAUCCUCGGCGGCGUCUCCGUCGCGGGCACGAUCCCGGCGCUGUACCUGAUCGAGACGAUGGGCCGGCGGCGCUCGCUGCUGACGGGGUCCGUGCUCGAGGCGAUCUGCUCGCUCAUCGCGGGGCUCGCGGGACACUUCAUGCUCCCGCCGCCGGGCCCGAACCCGGUGCCGCAGUCACAGCUCACGGCGCGCAACCGCGCGGGCGGCAACCUGCUCAUCGCGUUCGCGGUGCUGCAGGUGUUCAGCUACUCGAUGUUCUGGGGCCCGACGCCGUGGGUGUACCUCGGCGAGAGCUUUCCGCUGCGCGUGCGCCCGAAAGGCAUCGCGCUCGGGAGUGCGACCAACUGGCUGUGGAACUUCCUCCUCUCGUUCUUCUCGCCCCGCAUCGCGAACGACAUCGGGCCGCUCAUCCUGCUCAUUUUCUGCGGCAUGCUCGUGUUCGGCUUCUGCUACGUGUGGCUGUGCAUCCCCGAGACGCGCGGCCUCAGCCUCGAGGAGGUCGACGAGAUGUACCGCGCCGGUGUCAGGCCGUGGCACUCGGCGUCGUGGCGCCCGUCGCACAAGCCGCUUCACGAAGGACACCCCGACUCGGUCGACGGCGACGUUCGCGACGAGAAGGAGAAGGAGAAGGGCGACGUGGUCCCGUGAUACCGCAGGCCUGGGCGCCGACAACAUUGAUCGUUGAAUUUUAUUCUGUAAUUUUGUUAUAUCGUUGUACCACACAGCCUAUAAGAGCAUGCUUCUUUUCGCGCCG